AUGUCAACGAGUUAUUUCCAGGAGCGUGGCACUCCUGCAUCACAAAAUGGCCUGUCUCCCGCUUCUCCGCAAGUUGGAGCAGGAUCACGUGGGGUCAACGCACUCUCCAGUCGAAUAACCAGCGUACUGUCCGCUUCCUAUGCUGAUCUGGAAAUUCGAGGGGCUCUAGAGACCAUAGAUGAGCGCAAUAUUCAGAACACAGCAGAGACAAGACGGCAGAUUCGACUCGAUGUUCAGAAGGAGGUGAUCGAAUGCAACGGUGAGAUUGUCAAGGAUUUCGGGGAAGUCGCUGAGCAACUGAGGCGUAUUGGCGCGGCUAUCAACAGCUUGAACAGCUCUUGCGCUGAUAUGCGUGCACACAUCACGACUGCAGCCCGUGAGACUGGCCCUGUUCAGGACGAAGCCACAAGCCUUAUCAAUCAGAGGAAACAGAUCGAGAUCAAGCAUCAGAUACUGAAUGCAUUCAGCUUGCACUUCCGGAUUACCGAAGAGCAGGCCACCGUCUUGACGUCUACUGCAGAGCCAGUAAAUGAAGAGUUCUUCCAGAUCUUGACACGCGUGAAGAAGAUCCAUCACGAUUGCCAGGUACUGCUGGGCACCGAAGACCAGCGCCUUGGUCUAGAGAUUCUGGAGCAGAGUUCGAAGCAACUCAACGGAGCGUUCCAAAAACUGUAUCGCUGGAUACAGCAUGAGUUCAAGACUUUAGAUCUGGAGAACCCACAGAUCAGCGCGUCUGUACGACGGUCCUUACGAGUCCUCGCGGAACGACCAACCCUAUUCCAGAGCUGCCUCGACUCUUUUGCCGAAGCUCGAGAAUCGAUUUUGUCUGAUUCUUUCCACGCGGCUCUGACGGGGUCCAACUCGGACACUUCGCAUAUCGCAACUAAGCCUAUCGAGUUCUACGCACACGACCCGUUACGUUACGUCGGCGACAUGCUUGCUUGGGCGCAUUCAGCUACAGUAUCGGAGAGGGAAGCGCUUGAAGUGCUGUUCGUUUCAGACGGUGACGAGAUCAGUCGUUCCAUCCAAGCCGGGCUGGAAAGCGAACCCUGGCUAAGAGGCGAUGGAGACCAGGAAGUGUUCGAUGGCAAGAAGGCCCUAGACCAACUCGUCAGUCGUGACCUUACAGGCGUUGCACGACUCUUACGGCAGAAGACCGAGCAAGUUGUUCAGAGCCACGAAGACGCAACGCUCGCCUACAAGAUCGCCAAUCUGAUCGGAUUCUACAAAGGCACAUUCGUUAAGCUGCUUGGCCAAGACUCAGAUGUCCUUGAUCUUUUCGACACUCUGCAAGCCGCAGCAAUGCGCCAAUUUCGUGCCAACAUGCGUGACCAUGUUGCCACUGUUCAAAGCGAAUUGGCUGUUGUGCCAGCAGAUCUCUCACCUCCCGACUUCCUAGAAGAAGCCCUGCAAACUCUCAAGGUGCUUGCGAAGAGCUACGACACCUCUGUAGCAGCUGUGGACGAGUCAAACAGCGACUUUGAAGCUGUGCUAGCUGAAGCCCUCGAUCCUUUCCUCGGCGGCUGCGUGAAUCUCCAGAAGAGCAUGGAGCAGCCCAAUGGCGCUAUCUUCGCCAUCAACUGCCUCCUCGCUGUCAAGGAGGCACUUACGAGUUUCAAAUUUGCUGCAGAACGAGUCGCUGAGAUGGGCGAGACGAUCGAGGAGCAUAUCGCUGCGCUCGUGGACUACCAGCAUCAGUACCUCCUCCACGAGUCUGGGCUCGUCACACUUCACGAGGCACUCUCGGACAUCACCGAUACGCCUGAAAGCCUGAAGACAAUCCCACAGUUGACUGCAUUCAAACAAGAAGCGUUAGUAGCUACCAGCCAGCAACUGGACGAGUUCCUGCCCUCUGCGCUCAUUGAUGCUGCAGAGAACCUGAAACAAUUACGCAAUCGAACCAUGGUUCAGGAGAUCACGGAGGAAGCGGCAGCCCAGUUCUGCGAAGACUUUGAAUUCGUGGAGAAGAAGAUUGUCGCAGCUGAUGAUCUGCUCUACGACGAAGAUGACGAAGACGCCGAGCCGGGGCUCAGCGACUUAUUUCCUCGCACAGGUGGAGAGAUUAGGGUUUUGCUCAGCUAG